GAGAAACGAGAAGGCAGAGAGAGAGAGAGAACACAGAACACUCUUCGGUUUCGGUCCACUCCGCUCUCGGCGACGGAGUAACGGCGGCGGAGAGGCGUCGCACGGACGGUGUGUAGGAGAGACGACGGAGGUUUGCAUUUCAGAGCUUCAGGUUUGCCCUUCUCUUCCAUUUCCAUUGCCCAACAGUAUCUAAUGCAGUGUCAUGAACAGACUUCUAAUUCUCUAGUGAGUUUUCAUGACCCGAGUACGGCUGUGCGAGAGUCGAGAAGGGGUUCUUGCUUUCCUCGUCGGUUUUCUUCGUAAUCAAAGCUCUGAUGGUGAUGGAAUCUUGUCUGUUCACUACGAUUGCUUUAGUUCUCUGGUAGUGUGAUGUUUAUGCCUGCCCUAGGGCUCGCCAUGAUCCUUUUUGCUCCGCUGGCGUGUGAGAAUGGAUAUCUGUUGUUUUCUUCCAAAUUUGGGAUUUGUGAAAGCUGCAUUCAGACAGAACACUAUAAUUCUUCCCGUGGAAAUCCGCCUCAUUUUUUCACUGAUUGAUGUGCAUGGAAAUAAUUAUCUGGUUUUGAAUUUAGGUCAGUUGCUUACAGCCUGCCUGAGUUUCCCGUGAAUUUGGUCUGUUGCAUGCUUCUAGGAGAUGUGAUCUUAUACUUGUGUGUCUAUUGCAUUGCUUUAAUAGAGAAAAUGGUUGUUGGUUUUUAUCAGCAACAGGUUGAGAAGCAUGUAUCUCCAGGUGAAGCUGCCAUGGAAUGUGAUCAUAGCUCCAGAAAACCUCGACAUCAAGGGACUGCUGCUUCAGAGGGCUAUCCUUGUGAAGGUUCUGGAAGAGUUUGCUAGCCGUCGAGCCCACAAGGACCUAGGGUACCACAUUGCAGUGACUUCCCUGGAGAGCAUAGGGGACGGAAAAGUGAGGCAGCACACAGGGGAGGUGUUGUUCCCUGUUGUGUUCAGUGCCAUCACCUUCAACAUCUUCAGGGGAGAGGUGCUGGAAGGCCGGGUGCACAAGGUGUUCAAGCAUGGCGUCUUCAUGCGAUGUGGGCCAAUGGAGCACAUCUACCUCUCGUGCACCAAAAUGCCUGGCUACCGUUAUGUCCCUGGAGAGAACCCGGAGUUCAUCAACGAGAAGAGUCCCCCGGUCGGGAAAGAUGAUCUGGUGAGGUUCAUGGUGAUCGGGACCAAGUGGCUGGAGGCCGAGCGGGAGUUUCAGGCGUUGGCUAGCUUGGAGGGUGAUUUUCUAGGCCCCUUGCCCAGGCCAGAAAUCUAAAAGCUCGUGUCACAUGUGGAUGUCUUUUCAUCUAAUGUUUCAGCAUGUCUCUGCGAACAAUUACUCUUCUAACUGUUAUAUGUGAAUGUGUAGGUAGAACUCGACUCUCUACGCCUCUAGAUAUCUGUUAAACUUAGUGUUAUUUCUAGUUGCGUGAUGCUUAUAUUAAGCUACUUCAAACCCAUCAAAGCUUUUAAAUUGCUCGAAAACACUGUCGAUACAGCGAGGGAAUGGCAGCAAAUUACACAAGCACUGCAGCAGCAUAAAUCAGCUCGAUAUUUGAACUACUUACACAUCCAAAAUUGUCAGUUCAACGUGAGUACUUCCUACUAUGACACGAUGAGUAAAUAUUUUUCAUGUGG